CAAAUCCACCUGUUCGACUCUCAAGGUGAGGAUCAUGGGAGAACAACUGUUAGAGAACAGCAUCCUUGAUCAAUUUAUUAAUAACCAUGAGCAAUCACAUGAAGAGUUUCUAAAUACAUUCACCUGUCUUUUGAAAGAGAAAGAGAAGACAAUUCAAGGAAAUCAAGUGGACUACUUAAGAAAAAUAUUUUCUACUUCUGAAUUAUCAAACAGAAAUAAACAAAAUGGCUCACCUGAAAGAAGCAAAGAAAUGUGGAUAUCUCUUCCAUCACAGAUGCCAAAUGAGAAUAAGGUAUUUCUGCCUAUCUACCUGCAGACAAUGAUGAAUGAGAGAUGGAAAGUUGGUGGAUCAGAGGGAAAGAAUCUCAGUCUGUCUGAAAGAGUGAAGCAAGUGGACAAGUACUUAGAUUGGGAAGAUAUAGACUCAGAUGAAGAGACAUGCAGUGUUCUUCCAGGAGAGGUGGAGCAGACAGUGACUUAUUGUACACCCGUUUUUGAUAAGCCUAUUCAACUGAAGUUCAGAAACUUGUCAGUUCCACAGCCAUUGGACAGCAAACCCCAAGAGCUACUGGGGGAUGAUGUUCAGCCAUUCUCACUUGAUGAAGAAUUUGACUAUGACAAUGUGGCAGUGACCCCUAAGUUCUCUGAAGCUGAGCUGAAGGCCAUUAAAGAAUUGUCUAAAGAGAAGAAAACGGGUUCAGCAUGAGCGGAAGACUGAGUCGAAGGCGUUCUGUGCAGGCUGUUGAAAUGACAUUUUUAUGGGAUAAAUAUAGCUCUUCAUUGUACCCCUAUUUAA